UUUAACGUGAGGACGAGCUCUUCCAACAAGUAUAAUUUCAAUUCCCUAACUUUGAAAGGGGGUGUUGGUACACCGAGGGAACAUUCAUGGCGGAGGGGCACCACGGAAGAACACCAGCCACACCCCGUAGAGUAGCUAACGUUAGCUAGCAUUCUGCUAACUAGCCAAGCUAAGCUGGCCAAUUACGAAGCCUUUGUAAACUAGUCAAAGAAGCUAGCGGGCUAGCUAGCACUAGCAAGUGCCGUUCAAGCUAGCCAGACGUUCACGUCUUGUGGGAAAACGAUCGUAAUUUCCAUCGUCACCCCGGAACACGAGAGAGCGUCAGUGACCAUGGACCCGGCGUUGGACUGAACAUCCGGAGACUGCGGGCUGUAGGGAUUGCGGCUCGCCAGACUCACUGCUAACGGUUAUUUUUCGUUUGCGAGCGGAGCCACAAUAAGUCGCGGCCCUGGCCAUGCCCUCGAGUGCACGGGCGGGCAAUCUGAAGGACCCGGAGGUGGCAGACCUUUUCUACCGAGACGACCCAGAGAAGCUGUUUGCUGACCUUCGAGAGAUAGGCCAUGGCAGCUUUGGAGCUGUCUACUUUGCUCGAGAUGUGCGGAACAAUGAGGUGGUGGCCAUCAAGAAAAUGUCCUACAGUGGCAAGCAGACAAAUGAGAAAUGGCAGGACAUUAUUAAAGAAGUGAAGUUUCUGCAGAAACUCCGCCACCCCAACACAAUUGAGUAUCGUGGAUGUUACUUAAGAGAGCACACAGCAUGGCUGGUGAUGGAAUACUGUCUAGGCUCAGCCUCGGAUCUCCUGGAAGUUCACAAAAAGCCUCUCCAGGAAGUCGAAAUAGCUGCUAUUACCCAUGGUGCACUACAGGGCCUGGCAUAUCUUCAUUCUCACAAUAUGAUUCACAGGGAUGUGAAGGCUGGCAACAUCCUGCUGACGGAGCCAGGCCAAGUCAAGCUGGGGGACUUCGGCUCAGCCUCCAUUGUGGCCCCAGCAAACUCUUUUGUGGGAACUCCCUACUGGAUGGCUCCAGAAGUGAUCCUUGCCAUGGAUGAGGGCCAGUAUGAUGGCAAGGUAGAUGUCUGGUCCCUGGGCAUCACCUGCAUAGAACUGGCGGAGAGAAAGCCUCCUCUGUUCAACAUGAAUGCUAUGAGUGCCUUGUAUCACAUUGCUCAGAACGAGAGCCCCAUCCUGCAGUCCAACCACUGGUCUGAUUACUUCCGCAACUUUGUUGACUCCUGCCUACAAAAGAUUCCCCAGGACCGGCCUACCUCGGAUGUGCUGCUGAAUCAUCGGUUUCUGUGCCGUGAACGACCCCUGACAGUUGUGAUGGAUCUAAUUGCACGCACCAAGGAUGCAGUCCGUGAGCUUGACAACCUUCAGUAUCGCAAGAUGAAGAAGAUUCUCUUCCAGGAGACACAGCCGAAUGGCCCUGUAUCUGAGGGUGGGGAGGAGGAGGAGGAGGUGGAGCAGUACCUGCUACGGACGGGCACGGUCAACAGCAUGGAGAGCUCCCAGUCGGUACCCAGCAUGUCUAUCUCAGCCAGCUCCCAGAGCAGCUCGGUGAACAGCCUGGCGGAUGCCUCUGACGACAGCAGCAGUGAGAUGGCCAUGAUGCAGGAGGGAGAGCAUACAGUCACCUCCAACAGCUCCAUCAUUCACCGGCCCACGGGUCAGGAUAACAUCUAUGAUGACCCCUACCAGCCGGAGAUGGAUCAACCCCAGGCCCCCUCUGCCGGCCGCCGUCGGGCCUACUAUCGCAACCGGGACCAUUUUGCCACCAUUCGAACUGCUUCCUUGGUGACACGUCAGAUCCAGGAGCAUGAGCAGGGCUCAGCACUGCGUGAGCAGAUGUCAGGCUACAAGCGCAUGCGACGGCAGCACCAGAAGCAGCUAAUGGGCCUAGAAAAUAAACUUAAGGCUGAGAUGGAUGAGCACCAACUCAGAUUGGAUAAGGAGCUGGAGAACCAGAGGAACAGCUUCUCUGCAGAAGCUGACAAACUGGCCAAGAAGCAUCAGGCCAUCCUGGAGAAAGAAACAAAAGCGGCCUUAGCAGAGGAGAAGAAGUUCCAACAGCACAUCCUGGGCCAACAGAAGAAAGAACUAACCAGCUUACUGGAGUCCCAGAAACGGCAGUACCGUCAGCGUAAGGAGCAGCUCAAAGAGGAGCUGAGUGAGAAUCAGUCAACGCCCAAGCGGGAGAAGCAGGAGUGGCUGGUGCGUCAGAAGGAGUGUCUACAGCAGAUGCAGGCUGAAGAGGAGGCAGGUCUGAUGCGGAGACAGAGGCAGUACUAUGAGCUACAGUGUCGUCAGUACAAGAGGAAGAUGCUGCUCGCACGCCACAACCUGGAGCAGGACCUUCUCAGAGAGGACCUUAACAAGAAGCAGACCCAGAAGGACCUGGAGUGCGCCAUGCUGCUGCGGCAUCAUGAGUCCACCCAGGAGCUGGAGUUCCGGCAGCUGGGCUCAGUACAGCGUACCCGGGCUGAACUGAUCCGCACACAGCACCAGACAGAGCUCACCAACCAGAUGGAGUACAACAAGAGGAGGGAGCAGGAGCUGAGGCAGAAGCACACCGUGGAGGUCCGCCAGCAGCCCAAGAGCCUCAAGUCCAAAGAGCUGCAGAUCAAGCGGCAGUUCCAGGACACGUGCAAGAUCCAGACACGUCAGUAUAAGGCCCUGCGCAACCACCUGCUGGAGAGCACACCCAAGGCCGACCACAAGGCCGUGCUCAAACGGCUCAAGGAGGAGCAGACCCGUAAGCUGGCCAUCCUGGCUGAGCAGUAUGACCACUCAAUCAACGACAUGCUGUCCACACAGGCUGUGAGUAAGCUUCGAUUGGACGAGACCCAGGAGGCCGAGUACCAGGUGCUGCGAAUGCAGCUGCAACAGGAGCUGGAGCUCCUCAAUGCCUACCAGAGCAAGAUCAAAAUCCACACUGACUCGCAGCAUGAGAGGGAGGCCAAGGACCUUGAGCAGAGGGUGUCCAUCCGCAGAGCACUGCUGGAGCAGAGGAUUGAGGAGGAGAUGCUGUCUCUACAGAAUGAACGCUCAGAGAGAAUCCGUACCCUCUUGGAGCGUCAGGCACACGAGAUUGAGGCUUUUGACUCUGAGAGCAUGCGCCUUGGCUUCAGCAACAUGGCGCUGACGGGCAUCCCUGCUGAGGCUUUCAACCAGGGUUACCCCAACCCCAGCCCCUCCGCAGGCCCUGGCAACUGGCCUUCGCGUCCUGUGCCCCGCUCGGGGAGCCACUGGAGCCACAGUGUGCAGAGUUCGGCGCCCCCUUCCUGGCGCAGCCAGAACAGCAGUGGAGGAGGAGGAGUAGGGUUUAGCCGCGCUGAGUCCAUCACAUCCUCCCAUGGUCUGGGGCGGGACAGUGAGGUUGGCCUGAGCAGCAGGGGAUAUUCCUCCAGCUCUUCCUCCCAUCAUCACCAGCAGCAGCAACAGCACUACCUCCCCCAGCACUACCAGCACCACCAGAGCACGCCGCAGCUGUACCGAGACAGCCAUGACCGGGACGGCAGAGAGCGUGACAGGGGCCGGGAGUGGUCCGGGGGGGGGCACUACUCCCACCACUCCCAGGGCCACCAUCACCAUCACCACCACCACCACCUCUCCUCCCAUGCCUCUGCCCAGUCGCUGGCCCUCCUGCCGCCCCCACCACCACCUCCGCCCAUCUCCCUCUCCUCUUCCUCCCCACCCUCCUCUGCCUCUUCCUCCUCCUCAUCCCAGGGAGGCUAUGGGGGCGGGGGCUUGGGGGUUAGGGGUCCCAGCCUAAUGGCCCUCAGGAACAGCCCCCAGCCGCUGAGGAGAACGGCCUCCGGCGGCCCCGGAGGAGGCGGAGGGGGCAGCGAGGGAGGUCUCAGUCGGAGCACGUCAGUCACGUCACACAUCUCCAAUGGCUCCCAUCUUUCCUUUUCAUGAAACAGGAAGGAGGGGAGAACUAUGACCCAGUGUGUAUCGUUCUGUUUCUCCAGCCAAGAACAAACAGUUAGAAAAGGUAUUUUAACCUCUCCUAAGCCAAGUAAGUUGAGGAAAACAGGUGGAACUGAGGGAUGGGUUUAGGGGUAAUUUACUAUUUUAAUGGAGGAAAUUUUUCAAUUUACAGUUUUCAUCAGUCAUUUUAGAUUUUUUUUUUAAUUAAUCUAUAAAGCCCCACCAUUUUAAAGAGUUCAGAAUUUCCUUUCUUGAACAAUGCAGUGGCUUUUGCCUUGCUAAAGGAAAGGUGGAGAGGAAGCCUUUGAGUAAAGAAAAAAAAAAAACAUGUCUGCCAAGCUGUAUAAGGGGAAGAGUGCUUGUAAUGUGGGCGACCUCAUUUAGCUGUAGUAGAGCCAUGGCCCUCUAUUAAUAACACUAUGGUGAGUCAACCUCUCUAUCAGUUAAUGGGUUUGGGUAGGCUUACGUGAGUAGAAUAAGUAAGUGUUGAAACAAAGCAGUUCAAAAAUUAGAAAAGCAAAGAGCUCAGUUACCAGGGUCAAAGUGGAGAAGGAGCCUGUGUGUGUUGCAAAAUGAACAAAUCAGAAUAAGAUCCUCAAGUCAACUGCAGCAUGAAAGACUUGAUCUAUCUUGGCAUUUAGACCCAACUUAAUUAAAUCCAAUCAGUCUGCAACACAAAGUCCAUUGGUAAUGGCACAAGUACUAUCUAGCUGUCUGUCACCAGUAGGAUGUGUAGAUUUCCAGCUUACAGUAGAUGUCUUUUAAGUAGUAAAUUCAUCAGCAGAGUGCUAGAGCGCAGCUGGUUAGGUGACAAUGAGUUUUUAUGUCACAUUUUGAUGUUGGGUAUUUGUGCAAAACUCUAAAAAUAUGGAUUUGAGCUCAGUGUUGGUCAAUGGUUGCGGAGCUUCCACACAGCUAGCAGGGCUUCAAGAACCACUGUAAUUAUGUAAAUAAUCUGAAACUGUACAUUUUUUAUGUUUGCUUUUUUUUUCUUGUUUUUGUUUUUGUUUUUUUGUUGCCCAGUGGAGAAGCAAAAAUAGCACACGAGGGCAGAACUCUUAAACGCAUUUUCUUUUCUUUUUGUUGAUUUGUAGCUAUUGAGAUUCUAAAUAAAAAUUGAACACUGCCAUCUACUUGUUCUGCCGACCGAGACAACUCUAGCAACUCCCUUUAGGGAUAUUUAAAGGGGUUGUGCCAGAGUAUUUUUGACUGAGCUAAGCACUAAAUAGCAGGUGAACAUUCUGAAAGUGGGGUAUGUGUGUACAGUGCUGAAUGGACCAUGCAGCCUGGUGGCUGCGUGCAUCUGUAUAUAAGAUGUACAUGUGCAUACAAGUUAAUACAAUUAAGUGCAUGGAACCUAUGUACAGACAGCAUUUGUAUUGAUAACAUGCACACAACCUAUUUAUAUAGAUGCAUAUAAAUGUAAGAUACUUGUGUAAAUGUAACAGGUAUAUUGAAGAUUGUUCACUGUCCAACACUUUUGACUUGCAUUGUACUUACAACUGUACAUAUAAGCACUAACUUUGGAACUGUGUUAGAGUAAUAAUAAUGACUAUUUUGUCAUGUGAGUUAUACAAAUUUGUAAUAGAUGCCAUCAUUAUUAUUACUACUACUGCAGUUGUAAUAUUUAUGUUGUAUGCUCCUUUUUAAAUUUUUUUUAAUUUGUUGCCAACUUUGACCACUAGGUGGGGAAUAAGCAAUGUUACUGUGAUAGAACUAUAGAAAAUUGUUACAUUUUUAAGGAGGAAAAUAAGGACUACCUUUCCCAUUGUUCCUGUCUAGGUCUCAGGGUAGGAGUCUACUGGGCAGGGAUAUGUCAGGGUUGUUUUACAGUUUUUUUUUUGAGCCAGUAUUGUGGACUUUACUCUUCCACAGCCUAGUUGAAAAGACAAAUUUCCAGAGUUUUAAUGCGUUCAGCACAUCAGGUUCAAUGUUUCACAUGGUUUUAGUUCACUUUUCUCCUUCUCCAUUAUCAUACAACAGUUGUGACUUUGCAGCUGCAGAUUCUCUGUUAAUGCUGCACCCUGUAUCCCCAGACCCACGGCUGUUCACAUGAUCACCUUAUCGUUUAGUUUUGCACAGUCUUGAAUGGGUAGAGACGGAUAUCCUUCUGAAAUAUGUUUACUUCUAUAAGUGUGUCGCAGGUCAUGAUGGGAAGAAUUUUUUUGUUUGGUUUUUUUUUUUUAUGUUUUGAUUUGCCAUCCUAUUUUCUCAAGGCGAGAGGCAACUUUCUCUGGUCAUCCUCUCUCAUAGGCUGUUACCAAUAGUAUGAUCAAGCCAGCAACUGCAUUAACACCGCCACUGUUAGGAGAAAGGACAUUUCCUUGUGUUCUAAUGCUAUCUUAGUUGUCAUGUCUACCUCAUUUGCACUGAUAGUAAAAGAAUGUCUGGGUAAAAAAAAAAAAACAGCAUUUUCUUGUAUGCAAACCUAGCAUUUUUUUUUUAUCUUUUGUUAUUCUCCCACAUCCGUGCAAAUGUUGACAAGAAGUGAAUGAGAAUAAGGGACAGAGAUCUCCCACCUUAAUGCUGUGUCACUCCAGCAGGCAAAUUCAAAGAGAUUGUCCGGAGCCCUUGCUUCUGCUGCAAACAAGAGAUCGGCAGCAUUUUUUUUCUUUUACUUUUUAAAUGGAUUCUUUUUUCAGUCUCCCACCGUUUACACAUGGAACGUGGAACAUGCUGGAUUCUAAUCCCGUGGUCGUAAGCCCAUGGGCAGUCAGAGACAUUGCGGCAGGUCGAAAGAAGGCACCUGAAACAUUAGUUGCGUGGACUUUGGCAGCGGACAUGUCUCAUUGGAAUCCAUCAGCGAACUGCUUUCGUUAGCACAGGGUGGGAGGGCUAUGUCGGCUGACAAGGUUUUUCCCUGCCAUGUCUUGGCUCAACGCUAAAUGGAAAAAUCUGAAUUCUCGUUGCCAAGUUAUCAGUAAUUUUUUUUUUGUGUUCUCUGACUUUAAACAAGCUCCACUGCUUUUGGUUUUCCCUCGUCUGAGCUUGGGAAUAAAUUUCAACAGUAUAAUUUCUUUUGCCAAUAAAGGAUGUUGCUGCGGAAUGAAGUUAACCCCAUUCCACUUUGCCGCCUAAGCCUCCACAAAAGCAGGGAAAACCCCUGGUGUUCAUUUUGCUUCUAGCCAGCAGAACGAUGAGAUGAGAUGGGUGGGUGGGGUGGGGGUGGGGGAUGUCACCCUACCCAACACAUCCCAAGAUAACUGGUAGAGCAACUGUUAGGAUGAUUGAUGGGUAUGAGUAAGUAUGAUAGUGUUCAGUGUCUGUUGGACGUGAGGGAGAUGUUUGGGGGGGUUGGGGGUUGAUGCAUUCAGAGAUGUUUUUACAGAGGCCAGGUUAAAUGUUCAGGUUUACUGCAAAAUGGUAGGAGGCACAGCGUAAAAUUAGUUGUACAGAAAUGUUUAAAAAAUUUUGGGAAAAAUAAAUGAACAAG